AUGUCCGGCCUUCGUCUGACAGAGUUCGUCAAACGGCCCAACCCCGGUUCUGCCGGCAAGGCUAUCAAGAUUAACGCGAACUUUUUCGAGAUCACCCAGCUACCAAAUAUUAAUGUGUACCACUACGAUGUUUCUAUAACGCCGGAUGUGCCCCCGAUCGUCAACCGGCGGGUCUUUGAGCACAUGCUCCUCGUUUACGGCAAGUCUGACCUCAAUGGCUCCCGUCCUGUCUUUGAUGGUCGCAAGAACAUAUUCUCGCCGAAAGUGUUCCCCUUUGACGGCAAGACAUUUGACAUCACCUUGCCUGAGGAUGAGGCCCCGAAAGGUGUCGUCCCCCGUCACCCCCCUCGUGGCUUCAAGGUCAAGAUCAAGAAGGCCUCCGAGAUCAACCUUGAGGAACUUCACCGUUUCUUGAACGCCAAGUCAGCCCUCAGCCCCAACUGCCUCACCGCUAUCAUGGCUUUGGAUAUCUUAAUCCGUCACAAGCCCGCCAUGCUCUACUCGAGCGUCGGUCGUUCUUUUUUCACGCCCGAUGGCGCCCAGCCCUUAUAUGGAGGUGUCGAAGUCUGGAAUGGUUUCUACCAGUCUGCCAGACCUACCCUUGGUCGCAUGAUGAUUAAUUUGGAUGUCGCCGCGACCGCCUACUAUCAGUCGGGCUCGCUCUUGGAGCUGGCUGUCAAGAUACUGGAUCGCCGAAACAUCGGUAAGGAGGUUAUUAUGGGCACAUCAGACCAUGAUUUGCGUCGCGGGUUCACAGAUCGUGAUCGCACCAAGCUGGAAAAAUCUCUGCGAGGCCUGCUCAUCAGGGUCACCCAUCGUAGUGAAGUCAAGCGCAGGUUCAAGAUAACCAAGCUGACCCCUACCCCCGCCAACACAACAUCGUUUAUGAAAGAGAACACCAAGACCGAUGUCGCCACAUAUUUUUUCCAGACUUAUGGCAGACGUCUGCAAUAUCCCUUUAUGCCCUGUGUUGUCACCGGCAGGGAUGUCUUCCUUCCCAUGGAGAUCUGCACUGUCAUCGAGGGCCAGCGCCACAUUAAGAAGUUGAACGAGAGGCAGACUGCCGAUAUGAUCAAAUUCACCUGCCAGCCUCCUCAGGUUCGCGCCAACAAGAUCAAGGAGGGCCUCAAGAUUCUCAAUUACCAUGAGAACGAGUUCCUUAACGAUUUCGGCAUGAAGGUCGCCACCGAGAUGGUCCAGAUUAACGCCCGUGUUUUGCCAGCGCCCACCAUUUCGUACCACCCCUCAUCCCGCCAGGCCAAUUUUGUCCCCCGUGACGGUGCCUGGAACUUGCGUGACAAGCGUGUUGCCACUGGUGCUACCUUGGGCUCCUGGGGUGUUGUGGUAUUUGGUACUGAGCGCGACUUACCCCUCACCUUUGCCCAAGCAUUCAUCCGCGAGUUGAUCGUCACCUGCGUCGACACCGGUAUGACCAUCCCUAACAAGCAACCCCCGAUCUUGUACGCCAACCCUCACGGAGACAUUGAGGGUAGUCUCAAGAACGCCUGGAUGCGUGCCGGCAAUGCCGUCAAGUCCCAACCCCAGCUCUUGGUCUGCAUCCUGCCAAACACUGGUGUGCCCUUGUACGCUGAAAUCAAGCGUGUCAGUGACACUGUCAUUGGCAUCCCUACCCAGUGUGUCCAAAUGUCGCACACCCGCACCCCCAAGAAGCAGUAUUGCGCAAACGUUUGCCUAAAGAUCAACGUCAAGCUUGGAGGCAUGAACGCCUUUUUGUCGCCCAACCAGACCCCAUUCUUGACCCAGAAGCCCACUAUUCUGUUUGGUGCCGAUGUCAGUCACCCUUCGCCUGGUGACACCACCCGUCCCUCGAUCGCGUCUCUAGUUGGCUCCAUGGAUGCCAAGGCCGCUCGUUAUGCUGCCACCGUCCGUGUCCAGACCGCCAGGACUGAGACCAUUGCUGAUCUCGGAGGCAUGGUUGUGGAGCUGUUGCGUACGUUCUUCCAGACCUGCGGUCAGAAGCCCGAGCGCAUCUUGUUCUACCGUGACGGUGUGUCCGAGGGUCAGUUUGCUGAGGUCUUGCGUUCUGAGGUCGCGUCCGUCCGUGCCGCCUGUACCACCCUGGAUGCCAACUACAAGCCCACCAUUACCUUCGUCGUUGUCCAGAAACGUCAUCAUGCCCGUUUCUUCCCCGCGAGACGUGAUGAGGGAGACCGCAACGGAAACUGUAUGGCGGGAACGGUCGUCGAUACUGGCAUUGUCCACCCCUUCGAGUUCGAUUUUUAUUUGCAGUCGCACGCCAGUCUGCAAGGUACCUCUCGCCCCACGCAUUAUCACGUUUUGUAUGACGAGAACAGGUUCACGUCGGACAGUCUGCAGGAGUUUACCUACAAGUUGUGCCAUCUGUAUGCCCGCUGCACCCGAACCGUCUCCCUUGUCCCCGCUGCGUACUACGCUCAUUUGGUCGCUGCCCGCGCGCGCUUCCACUCCAAGGGUGAGCGUUGGUCGGACACCGAGUCCAGCGAGAGCAACGCCGAUGAGAGCACCUACCUAGCCGUCAAGCCUGAUCUCCUUCGUGUUAUGUACUUUAUGUAA